AGCCGGUCCACUUUUUCUUCCUUGGCAGCAGCGUGAGCGCGAGUGAGGUUCGAGCCGAGCAGACCGACGGAUGCUCGGCCACGAGCUGCUGCGGAUAUCCGCCUGGUACCUGCCUCUCAUCAAUCAUGCUCCCCAGGCGUGCCGUUUUCAUGUCUUUCUACUAGAUUCCGAAAAGGCCAUUAUUUUUUUUUUUUAAACUGCUGCUUUUAUAAUACGGCGAAUUGUUAGACGGCACGGAGGAAAAUAUCAUUUUUCAAUGAUGCGGAUGUAACGGAGACAUUAGCGUCAUCUGGGAUUAUUUGAACCGUUUUUAUGAUUUUUUUUGUUUUGUUUCUUCAACCGUUAACGUUUGAAUUAGCGGAGUGGCACGCGACGAUUGAACGAACGCGAGGGAAGUACGUUCCGAUGUCGACUUAAAUUUCCUAUUGAAGCGAUAGCGCACAAUAAAAUAUCGCCCGCAAGACAGAGGACAAAAAAGGAGGUUGGAUGAGUUUUCCUCUUUUGUGGACGCCUGGACACCAUGAGCACCAUCUCGCCCACAGACUUUGACAGCUUGGAGAUCCAACAACAGUACAAUGACAUCAACAACCGCUGGGACCUGGCCGCAGAGACCGACUGGGACAACGAAAAUAGUUCUGCUCGCCUCUUUGAGCGUUCGCGCAUCAAAGCUCUUGCAGAUGAGCGUGAAGCUGUACAAAAGAAGACCUUCACCAAAUGGGUGAACUCUCAUUUAGGCCGAGUCACUUGUCGCAUUUGUGACCUGUACAUGGACCUGCGUGAUGGUCGUAUGCUUAUUCGCUUGCUGGAAGUGCUCUCGGGAGAACAACUGCCAAAACCCACUAAAGGCCGCAUGCGUAUCCACUGCUUAGAAAAUGUUGAUAAAGCCCUGCAAUUCCUCAAAGAGCAAAAGGUCCAUCUUGAAAACAUGGGAUCACAUGAUAUUGUGGAUGGAAAUCACCGUCUUACUUUGGGCCUCAUUUGGACCAUAAUUCUUCGAUUUCAAAUUCAGGACAUCAGUGUCGAGACAGAGGACAAUAAAGAGAAGAAAUCCGCAAAAGAUGCCCUUCUGCUGUGGUGCCAAAUGAAAACUGCUGGCUACCCCAAUGUCAACAUCCACAACUUCACUACCAGCUGGAGGGAUGGUUUAGCGUUCAAUGCCAUCGUACACAAACACAGACCCGACCUGAUUGAGUUUGACACCCUGAAAAGGUCCAAUGCUCACUACAAUCUCCAGAAUGCUUUUAAUGUGGCUGAGAAGGAGAUGGGCCUUACAAAGCUGCUGGACCCAGAAGAUGUUAAUGUUGAUCAGCCGGAUGAGAAGUCCAUCAUUACCUAUGUGGCAACCUACUACCAUUACUUCUCAAAAAUGAAAGCACUAGCAGUGGAGGGCAAACGUAUUGGCAAGGUUCUUGACUAUGCUAUUGAGGCUGAUCAGCUGAUAGACAAAUAUGAGACCUUGGCAACAGAGUUGCUGGAGUGGAUUGAGCAGACAAUAGUGACUCUGAAUGAUCGGCAGCUAGCUAACUCACUCAGCGCUGUGCAGAAUCAGCUCCAGGCAUUUAAUUCUUACCGCACUGUGGAGAAACCACCCAAAUUCACAGAGAAAGGAAACUUAGAGGUCCUCCUCUUUACUAUCCAGAGCAAGAUGAGAGCAAACAACCAGAAAGUUUACAUGCCGAGAGAGGGAAAACUCAUCUCUGACAUCAACAAGGCAUGGGAGCGACUUGAAAAGGCAGAGCAUGAACGUGAGCUGGCACUGAGAAAUGAACUGAUCCGCCAAGAAAAGUUAGAGAUGCUUGCAGCACGUUUUGACCGCAAAGCUGCUAUGCGGGAAACAUGGCUGAGUGAGAAUCAGCGGUUGGUGUCUCAGGACAAUUUUGGAACUGAUUUGGGAGCAGUGGAAGCUGCAACUCGUAAACACGAGGCGAUUGAGACAGACAUCGGUGCGUAUUGGGAGCGCGUGGCUGCUGUUGAGGCUGUUGCCAAAGAGCUGGAGGCAGAGGGAUACCAUGAUGUGCGACGUGUGCUUGCAAGAAGGGACAAUGUGCUUCGUCUCUGGGAAUACCUCAAGGAGCUUCUGGCUGCACGCAGAGAACGACUCAAUGCCCAUCGAGACCUACAAAGGCUGUUUGAAGAGAUGCGUUACAUCAUGGACUGGAUGGCUGACAUGAAGAGUCGUCUGCAGUCCCAAGACAGUGGCAAACAUUUGCAUGAUGUUUUGGACCUACUUCAGAAACAUACUCUCGUAGAGGCAGAUAUAUCUGCUCAGGCUGAGAGAAUCAAAGCAGUGCAGGGAGCUGCUAAACGCUUCACUUCCCAUGACCAAGCCUACAAACCCUGCGAGCCAGGACUGGUGAGUGAAAAGGUCGACUUGCUCGGCCAAGCCUAUGAGGACCUUGGGCAGCUUGCUGGACAACGCAGAGAACGCCUGGAGGAUUCUCGUCGCCUAUGGCAGAUCCUGUGGGACUUGGGAGAGGAGGCGGCCUGGAUCAGAGAGCAGGAGCAAAUCCUGACCAGCGGAGAGUGUGGCCGGGACCUCACUUCUGCCCUUCAUCUGCUCAGUAAACACGAGGCUUUCAGGGAUGAGAUGGCAGCCCGUUACGGCCCACUGAGUAACAGCAUUGCUGCAGGGGAAGCUUUAGUGAACGAGGGGAACUUUGGAGCCCCCGAGAUCACAGAAAAUAUUAAAGAUAUUCGUGCGCAGUGGACACAUCUGGAGGAGACAACAAAAUUGAGAGAACAGAAACUUAAAGACUCAGUGGCCCUGCAUCAGUUCCUAACGGAUGCUAAUGACAUGGAUGCUUGGCUAAUGGAAACUCUAAGACAAGUGUCAAGCCAAGACGUGGGUCAUGACGAGUUUUCCACCCAAACUCUAGCUCGCAAGCAAAGGGAAAUAGAGGAGGAAAUCAAGAGCCACCAACCUCUCAUUGAAUCCCUGCAUGAGCAAAAUGAAGCACUGCCAGAAACCUAUGCUAAUUUCCCUGAGGUGGAGGGCCGGCUACCUGCUAUUGAGCGGCGCUACAAAGAGCUACAAUCUCUGUCAGUGUCUCGGCGCCAGGCCUUGGAAGGUGCUUUAGCACUUUAUCGCAUGUUCAGUGAAGCAGGUGCCUGCCAACUGUGGGUAGAAGAAAAAGAAAAGUGGUUACAUGGCAUGGAGAUCCCAACUAAACUUGAAGACUUGGAAGUGGUGCAGCAAAGGUUUGAAACACUGGAACCUGAAAUGAACAACGUAGGAACCAGUGUCACCGAUGUGAACAAGGUGGCUGAGCAGCUGUUAACCUCUGACAACUGCAACAAAGACCAAAUCCACCAGACGUGUGACCAUCUGAACAACAGGUGGAAAGAAUUCCAGAAACUGGCUGCUCAAAAGAAACAAGGCCUGGAGUCGGCACUAAAUAUCCAAAACUACCACCUGGAAUGUAAUGAGAUUCAAACAUGGAUGAGGGAAAAGACCAAAGUAAUUGAAUCUACUCAGAGCUUGGGAAAUGAUCUGACUGGAGUGAUGGCACUACAGCGCAAACUCGCAGGCAUGGAGAGAGAUCUAGAAGCUAUUCAGGGAAAAUUAGAUGACCUGAAAGAGGAGGCAGAAAAACUGGCCAACGAACAUCCUGAUCAAGCAGGGGAGAUUCACGACCGCCUCGCAGGGAUACAGGAAGUGUGGGAGGAGUUGAACUUUACCAUGAAACGGCGUGAAGAGUCACUGGGUGAGGCCAGCAAGCUGCAGGGAUUCCUCCGGGAUCUAGAUGACUUCCAGUCCUGGCUAUCCCGCACCCAGACAGCUGUGGCCUCAGAGGACAUUCCUACCUCUCUGCCUGAGGCUGAGAGUUUGUUAGCCCAGCAUGAGAAUAUCAAAAAUGAGGUGGACAACUAUAAGGAGGACUAUGAAAAAAUGCGAGUGGUUGGUGAAGAGGUGACCCAAGGUCAAACAGAUGCACAACACAUGUUCCUGGCUCAAAGGCUCCAGGCGCUGGAUACUGGCUGGCAUGAGCUGCGUCAAAUGUGGGAGAACCGCCACAGUCUUUUGGCCCAGGCGUUCGACUUCCAGACAUUCUUAAGAGAUGCAAAACAGGCGGAGGCCUUCCUCAACACCCAGGAGUAUGUAUUAUCCCACACAGAAAUGCCAACAAGUCUCCAGGGUGCGGACGAGGCCAUUAAAAAAUACGAAGAUUUCCUCACCACCACAGAUGCCAGCGAGGAGAAGAUAACUGGUGUUGUGGAGGCGGGACAGCGCCUCAUUAAUGAUGGGAAUGCAAACUCUGACAAGAUCCAAGAGAAAGUAGAUUCUAUUCAGGAAAGGCAUCUCAGGAAUAAGACUGCUGCCAGUGAAUUGCUGGCAAAACUUAAGGAUAACCGUGAACUCCAACACUUCCUCCAAGAUGGGCAGGAGCUCACAUUAUGGAUCAAUGAGAAAAUGCUGACGGCUCAAGACAUGUCAUACGACGAGGCUCGAAAUCUUCACAGCAAGUGGCAGAAACACCAGGCCUUCAUGGCAGAAUUGGCCUCUAACAAAGAUUGGUUAGACAAAAUCGCUAAGGAGGGCCAGGCUCUUGUGGCAGAGAAGCCAGAGUUGAAACCUGUUGUUCAGCAAACCCUCCAGGACCUACAGCGUCAGUGGGAGGAAUUAGAAAACACCACCCGCACCAAAGCCCAGUGCUUGUUUGAUGCCAAUCGAGCAGAGUUGUUCACACAGAGUUGCUGUGCUCUGGACGGCUGGGUGAAGAACCUUGAGGGUCAAUUGAACAGUGACGAUUAUGGCAAGGAUUUGACCAGUGUCAACAUCCUGCUCAAAAAGCAUCAGAUGCUGGAGCACCAAAUGGAGGUCAGGGAGAAGGAAGUGCAGUCACUGCAGUCUCAAGCCUUAGCUUUGUCUCAGGAAGAUGCUGGACUUUCUGAGGUAGAUGGUCAACAAAGGCGUGUCACAGACGGCUUUUCCAGCCUUCAGGACCCCCUUAGACAGAGGAGACAGCGACUACUUGCCUCCAAAGAGGCCCACCAGUUCAACAGAGACCUGGAAGAUGAAAUAUUAUGGGUGAAAGAGAGGAUGCCUUUGGCAACCUCUACAGACCAUGGAAAAGAUCUUCCGACAGUACAGCUACUGAUCAAGAAGAAUCAGACAUUGCAAAAGGAGAUCCAGGGACAUCAACCCCGAAUUGAUGACAUCCACAAACGAGGAAAGACUCAAAGCCAGGUAGACAAGGAGCGGCAGUCUGUUCUUGAGGAGCGACUUGUUGAGCUGCAAGAACUUUGGGACCAGCUGAUUGGCGAGACCGACAAACGCCAUGCUCGUCUAGUAGAGGCCAAUCGAGCCCAGCAGUUCUAUGCUGAUGCAGCAGAGGCAGAGGCUUGGAUGGGAGAGCAGGAGUUGCACAUGAUGUCGGAAGAAAAGGCUAAGGAUGAACAGAGUGCUCUAGUCAUGGUUAAAAAGCAUCAGACUCUAGAACAGGCGCUUGAAGACUACGCCCAGACCAUUCACCAGUUAGCCAAUAGCAGCCGAUUAAUGGUGACCAGUGAGCAUCCAGAAAGUGACAGAAUAACAUUAAGACAAGCACAAGUCGACAAGUUGUACGCUGGGUUGAAAGACCUCGCAGAGGAGCGCCGUGGGAGGCUUCAGGAGAGACUUCGUCUGACCCAGUUAAAGCGCGAAGUGGAUGAUUUGGAACAGUGGAUCGCAGAAAGGGAGGUGGUGGCUGGCUCCCAUGAACUAGGACAGGACUAUGAGCAUGUCACAAUGCUGAGAGACAAGUUUCGUGAGUUUGCUCGUGAUACUAGCACAAUUGGCCAAGAGCGUGUAGAUGGCGUAAAUGGACUGGCAGACGACCUCAUUGAAUCUGGUCACCCGGAAAACGCCAGCGUCGCCGAGUGGAAAGAUGGCCUAAAUGAGGCCUGGGCUGACCUGCUGGAACUGAUUGACACACGCACACAGAUGUUGGCAGCCUCCUAUGAAUUGCACCGCUUCCAUCAGGAUGCCAUGGAGGUUCUUGGGCGUGUUAGGGAGAAGCGGGAGGCGCUACCGUCUGACCUUGGCCGAGAUUUAAACACUGUCCAGCAUCUACACAGACAGCACAAUACUUUUGAAAAUGACAUUCAGGCCCUCAGUGGACAGGUGAACCAGGUGCAAGAUGAUGCCGCAAGGCUGCAAAAGGCUUACGCUGGAGAGAAAGCUGAUGACAUUAACCGCAGUGAACACGCUGUGAGCUCUGCUUGGCAGGGUCUCCUUGAGGCUGGUGAGUCCCGCAGGGUACUCCUCCUCGACACUGUCGAAAAGUUCCGCUUCUUCAACAUGGUGAGAGACCUCAUGCUCUGGAUGGAUGGGGUCAACCUGCAGAUCGAUGCGCAUGACAGCCCCAGGGAUGUAUCUUCUGCAGACCUGGUCAUUGCUAAUCAUCAAGACAUCAAGUCAGAGAUCGAGACCCGAGCAGACAGCUUCACAGCCUGUAUUGACAUGGGAAACACCCUCAUCAACAAUAAUCACUAUGCCACUGACGAGAUCCAGGAAAAGCUUCUUCAGUUACAAGAAAAGAGAGACAAGAUCAACAAGAAUUGGCAGGACAAGAUGGACUACUUACAAAUUAUGCUGGAGGUGUUGCAGUUUGGACGUGAUGCCUAUGUCGCAGAGUCUUGGUUGGCUGGGCAAGAACCUCUUGUCCGGACAGCAGACCUAGGCUCCAAUGUAGACGAGGUGGAAAGUUUGAUAAAGCGCCACGAGGCCUUUGAGAAACUCGCUGCUUCUUGGGAAGAGCGUUUUGUCCAGUUGGAGAAACUUACUACACUGGAGGAGCAGGAUAUUCAGAGGCGGCGAGAGGAAGAGGAGAGGGCACGACGCCCCCCCACACCAGCCCCGGUCGAGGAAGUGGUGCAGUCGGAGGCAGAAAGUCAAGUGCAUGACUCUGCGGCCAGAACAAGUCUAGACCAAACAACACUGAAUCAGUCGGUGUCUGUGAAUGGAGUGCACAGUGACAAUGACACAUCACAGCAGUCGCUAUCGCUAUCAUUGUCAAUGGGAUCGAAAUCAGAGGCUAAGCGUGUGUGUAAGCCAAAGCAGCCGGAGCGUGGCUCGGAGUCAGAAAACGGACCAGGUCGAGACAGCGGCUUAGCGUCCUCACGCCUCGAGCCGUCGGCCACGUUACCAGGCCGAGGUGGAGCCGAGUCUGAUCCGGACACCAUGGAGGGUAUACUUUGUCGAAAACAAGAGAUGGAGUCGCAUAGUAAGAAGGCAGCGACCAGGUCAUGGCAGAAUGUAUACUGUGUCCUAAGAAAAGGAAGCCUCGGUUUCUACAAAGAUGGAAAGAGUGCUACUAAUGGUAUUCCAUACCACGGAGAAGUCCCAAUCAGUCUUGGAGAGGCUGUUUGUGAGAUUGCGCAUGACUAUAAGAAGAGGAAACAUGUUUUCAAGCUACGGCUUGGUGAUGGGAAGGAGUACCUGUUCCAAGCAAAGGAUGAGGCGGAAAUGAGCUCCUGGAUACACGCCAUCCUCAGUUCCAUUCCAUCGGGAUCAGGAGACUCACCCGGAGUUCCGCGGGUCCUCAACCGUGCCAUGACCAUGCCCCCCAUCUCCCCCGGCACAGUCGAUACCGGAGGUGUGACCAUGCGCAAUAAAGACGGAAAAGAUAAGGAUCGGGAGAAGAGGUUCAGCUUCUUUGGCAAGAAGAAAUAAGACUUUUGUCAAAAUCAUGGAUGGAACCGGCUCAUGUUCAAUUGACCCACAAACUGAACGAAGCAGACGCAGAAGUCCAAACAACACACUGGUCUCAGUGCAGCUCAGCGGCACACUGUAUUUCGACAGCUACAGAAAAUGUACUCUUCUUUUUUUCCUCUGGUUUUAGUGGUCGCUUUCAUCUUGGUUCACCAAUAUUUUUCAACUAAGUGCAUCUCAACCACGGAAACCCUCAUCCAGAGACACCAUCCACAGUAAUUACUAUAACACAAGCACGUUGUUUGAGGAGAGAGGAAAAGAGAGGGAGUGUCCCAUUGAACUUUUGUCCACUAAUUAAAUUCUUCUUCAUUUUUUUGAGCUGCAUUCCUGCUGUGUGACUCCCCAAUUGAUGAAUGCUCUUCGUAUCAUUUCACCACAGACCCUCUAUUCUGCUUUUGAGCUUGAUGUUAUUAACCCGACCAAUAUUAAUGCUCUUGUGAUUAUUUAUCUUUUGUUAUUGCUGGUUUGAAGAAAACUAAUGGAUUUGAUUAUCCAUGUUACGGAGAGAAACAAAGUAAAACUAAGAAUGUGGGGCUUA